UCGAAAUUUCCAAGUUUACCAUUAUUAGUACGUUUUAAUUGGAAGAAAUGAACACAAAUUGUACGAAAUCUGGAAAACUACACAGGCGGUCUCACUUUCUGAGGAGCGGAACCGUCCCGACACAAACGCGGAUGCGCAACGAGAUAGGAUCAGAUUUAGCUAACGUCAUUAUGGAGCUGAUGAGUCCUGCCUGUCAGCAGUGGAUGGGCGUACACCGGAAACUACUGGGUCCGUCAGUUUACUGCGUAGAUAAUGAUGAGCUAAAAGCAAAGAUUCACGAGCACAUUUUGCUCGUGGGGAAGGAGGCUGAGGACAAAUUGGAACGAAGACGUAGAAGGAUAGUCAAAAAGAAGGAUCUCCGAGAAGAGAAAGAAUUUAUCAAGUUCGAAUGUCAACAAAAGAUAGAGCUCGCACGGAACGAAGAAAGAAAGCGAUUGGAAAGGCAAUUGAACGCGGUCAAAUUGGCUUGGGAAGAAAAAUUUAGGAUCAUGAAAUCAAAGCUUGGUGAAGAUUAUUUAGUAGCACGAAGAGAAAUGACUCGAUUCAUGUGCAAAAAUAUGCGCAUACAAGCUCGUCAUUUGAUUGGCACUAUAGCAAGAAAAUACAAGACUCACUUGGAAGAAGAGGUAUCUAGAAGGGUCAACAGCGAAGUUCUUAGGUUGGCAGAUCAAGUAAGCGAUUUCGUUCAAGCAGCAGUAGAAAAACAGAAAGAUGUCGACACAAAAGCUAUGCAACAAUUGUGCUUCCGUUAUGAAGAACUAAUUCGAAAUCUUCGGAACCAGGAAGCAUGUCGACAACUGACUCGGCUGUCUCAACAGAUAUGUUCGCGGUGGACCGAACUUUGCAGACGUCCUAGCAAUCAAGAGAUAUCGUGUCAAACUUCAUUCUUCGUACCGGAGCCGUCCUGUGCAGUUUUAUCCGAAUCCAUCGCAGUUAGUCAAGGUUUCGAAGGACCGAGUGAGUUUCUAGAAGAAAAUGAUUUAUUUGUCAUCGAAACCUGCCCCAUGACUCCAGAACCAAGUCCAGUGUACAGUGUCGCGACCAUUACAACUGAAAGUUCAACUUGGUCGUCCGGUCCGGUAAAUUCUUUCAUUGUCGAUGAAAAAAUUUUCGAAGAACUCAGCACAACAAUUCGCAAUCGAUUGCCUCCAGUUUCUUCCAUAACCUGGAAAUCUGUAAAGAAACCUAGCAUGUACAUUAAUUAUGGGACAAAACCACCAUCGAUCGACUCAAACUUCACUAGGGAUAUUGUUGAUUAUAUUUUAGCGACGGAAGAUAUGUCUAGAGAGGAAGCUUAUAUAUCCACUAUGAAGCUAGAUAUGUCGGAUCCAGAGAAAUCUUCUUCAACGGCCUCUGAUGCUUCAAUAUCCGAAUUGUUUGAUGUAGAGAAACAAGAAUCUGAAAUCGAACUAAUGGUAAAUGGUAUUACUCUAAAAUACAUUCGAGCGACUGAAAGAGACUUUGAAUAAUUUUGAAUAUUAACUUAUUAGUAUUGAAAACGACACAGGCACAAAACUUUGAAUUGAAUCCUUGAUAUUUACUCUACGUUUUUGUUUAAUCUAUGAGAAUGAAAAUGUGAAAAAAUUUGGAAAGUGAGUGAAUUACAAACACAUUGAUAUCAAUUACGC